CCUAUUCUAAUAUACAAUAAAGAUCUACACAAAUAAAAUAGUAAUAGUAUAAAAGAGAGAUGAGGCAGGGCAGGUGGAACUCACAAUUGCCAAGAGAGAUGAGGAUGGGGGGUUCAUUCUUCUAACCCUUUGAAAGGAAUUUUGUCUGUCCUGCUGCCGGUGCUGAGGGUGGGUCUGUCCUUUUGUAAUGUUGUGCUGUGGUUUUAAGCGUAUGGCAGCUUUCGUGGAGUUGAUGCGAUGAACUUCUUUCAUAUAUAUGGUGGGGUUUGUGUUUUAGUUAUCUUGUUCGGUGGUUGUCGUCAAUGUUCUCUUUGGCUAUUCCUAUCUGUUUCAACCUAUUUAUCAUAUUAAGUCUUUGUGUAGCCUCUCAAAAUUAUAACUAAUACUAAUAAUCACCCAUCUAGUGGAACAAAAAUCCAAUCGAACGUAAUCCUUCUUGCAUAUUUGAAUUUUUGGCCUUCAUUGCUUCAUUCAUAUGGAUCUGGAAUUUUCUUCUUUGUCCAUCCUGCUCAACAUCCUCAUAAUCUUGUUCAUCUUUGUGAGAAUAGUUCAGAGAUCUAAAUCUGAGAAUCCUGCCUUAAGGCUGCCUCCAGGGCCGCGGAAACUAUCUCUCAUAGGAAACAUGCACCAACUUAUCGGUUCACUACCCCAUCACUCGUUGACAAACUUGGCAAAGAAGCAUGGCUCCCUGAUCCAUCUGAAGACUGGAGCAGUUUCAAAUAUUGUAAUAUCUUCACCAGAAUUGGCUAAACAAGCUUUGAAAACCAAUGACAUCAUCUUUGCUUCUAGGUCCUGUCUACUUGUUUCCAAGGUCACGUCGUAUGAUUCUACAAAUAUUGUUUUCUCCCCCUACGGUAGUUACUGGAGACAGGUACGCAAAAUUUGUGUAACAGAACUUUUUAAGUGCAAAGCGCGUCGAAUCAUUCAGAAAAGCUAGAGCAGAGGAGGUUUCAAAUCUCAUCAAGACAAUUUCUUUAUCUGAGGGUUUACCAAUCAAUCUUAGCAAAAAGAUUUUCUCAUUGGCUUAUGACAUAAC